AUGAUCUUUCUCUUCUCAUUUUUUCUUUUUUCAUCUUUCUUUUUUCUUUCUUUCUUUCUUUCUUUUCAAAAUGCCCCACCCAUUUACAUUUUCCAAUCUAGCAAACUCCAUGAUUUCCCUCUCUUUUGCCUGUGCACAAAUGAUUAUAUGGUCGAGAUGAGAAUAAAACGUCACUCUUCUUUUUUUUGCUUCCUUACUAUUAAGUAUCUUUUACUUCUCUUUCUCUUAUAUCUUUAUCAUUCCUUUUCCCUUCUUUUUCAGUAUUUUCUCUUUCUUUUCUAUCUUGUUGAUCUGACAUUUCUUUUCACAUUCUGUUCUCUUCUCUCUUUACUAAUCUCAUUUUCACUCUCACUCUCUCUUUUCUAUGUCAUUUUCAAUUUCUUUUCUCUCUUAUUUCAUUUUCAUAUUUUCUCUCAGUUUCCUGAUUUAUUCUUUACUCUCUUUUCUCUCCUCUCUUUUCUGGUCUUAUUUUCACUUUCUCUUUCUUUUCUCUCCUUUCUUUUCUGGUCUUAUUUUCACUUUCUCUUUCUUCUCUCUCCUCUCUUUUCUGUUCUUAUUUUCACUUUCUCUUUCUUUUCUCUCCUCUCUUUUCUGUUCUUAUUUUCACUUUCUCUUUCUUUUCUCUCCUUUCUUUUCUGUUCUUAUUUUCACUUUCUCUUUCUUUUCUCUCCUUUCUUUUCUGUUCUUAUUUUCACUUUCUCUUUCUUUUCUCUCCUUUCUUUUCUGUUCUUAUUUUCACUUUCUCUUUCUUUUCUCUCCUUUCUUUUCUGGUCUUAUUUUCACUUUCUCUUUCUUUUUUCUCCUCUCUUUUCUGGUCUUAUUUUCACUUUCUCUUUCUUCUCUCUCCUCUCUUUUCUGUUCUUAUUUUCACUUUCUCUUUCUUUUCUCUCCUCUCUUUUCUGUUCUUAUUUUCACUUUGUCUUUCUUCUCUCUCCUUUCUUUUCUGUUCUUAUUUUCACUUUCUCUUUCUUUUCUCUCCUUUCUUUUCUGUUCUUAUUUUCACUUUCUCUUUCUUUUCUCUCCUUUCUUUUCUGGUCUUAUUUUCACUUUCUCUUUCUUUUCUCUCCUUUCUUUUCUGUUCUUAUUUUCACUUUCUCUUUCUUUUCUCUCCUUUCUUUUCUGGUCUUAUUUUUUCUCUUUCUUUUUCUUUUUUUUUUCUCCUUUCUUUCUCUCUGGUCUUAUUUUUUUCCUUUCUCUUUCUUUUCUCUCCUCUUUUUCUGUUCUUAUUUUCACUUUCUCUUUCUUUUCUCCCUUUCUUUUCUGUUCUUAUUUUCACUUUGUCUUUCUUUUCUCUUCUCUCUUUUCCUUUUUUUUCUGUUCUUAUUUUCACUUUUCUCUUUCUUUUCUCUCCUUUCUUUCUGUUCUUAUUUUCACUUUCUCUUUCUUUUCUUUUCUGUUCUUAUUUUCCCUUUCUUUUCUGGUCUUAUUUUCACUUUCUUUUUUCUCUUUCUCUCCUUUCUUUUCUGUUCUUAUUUUCACUUUCUCUUUCUUUUUCUCUCCUUUCUUUUCUGGUCUUAUUUUCACUUUCUCUUUCUUUUUCUCCUUUCUUUUCUGGUCUUAUUUUCACUUUCUCUUUCUUUUCUCUCCUCUCUUUUCUGUUCUUAUUUUCACUUUCUCUUUCUUUUCUCUCCUCUUUUUCUUUUCUUAUUUUUCUCUUUCUUUCUUUUUUUUCUCUCCUUUCUUUUCUGUUCUUAUUUUCACUUUCUCUUUCUUUUCUCUCUCCUGUUCUUUUUUCUGUUCUUAUUUUCACUUUUCUCUUUCUUUUUCUUUUCUCUUUUCCUUUUUUUCUUUUCUGGUCUUAUUUUCACUUUCUUUUUUUUUCUCCUCUUUCUUUUCUGGUCUUAUUUUCACUUUCUCUUUUUUUUCUCUCUCUUUUCUCUUUUUUCUGUUCUUAUUUUCACUUUUUUUUCUUUUCUCUCCUCUCUUUUCUGUUCUUAUUUUCACUUUCUCUUUCUUUUCUCUCCUUUCUUUUCUGUUCUUAUUUUCACUUUCUCUUUCUUUUCUGUCCUUUCUUUUCUGGUCUUAUUUUCACUUUCUCUUUCUUUUUUCUCCUCUCUUUUCUGGUCUUAUUUUCACUUUUUAUUAUAUCUACUUUGUAUUUCUUCUUAUUAUCAUUAUUAUUACUUCUUUUUUAUUUUCUUUUUAUCUCUUUUUUUUCUUUUCCUUAUUUCCUCUCUAGCCUUCCAUAUUUUUCUUCUCCCCUCAUCUCCUCAUCUUCUUUCUCUUUCCCCUGCCACCAUUUCACCUGUUUUCCCUCAAUUCUCUCUUCUUUCUUUUUUUCUUUCUUUCUUUCUUUUUUUCUUUCUUUUUUCUUUCUAUGAUCUGUCUUUGUUUUUUUCCUUUGGUCUGUUUACCUUUCUUUCUUUCUUUCUUUCUUUCUUUAUUUCUUUCUUUCUUUCUUUCUUCCUUUCUUUCUGUCUGUCUGUCUUUCUGUCUGUCUGUCUGCUUUUUGUUCUUUCUUUCUGUUUGUCUGCUUUUCUUUCUUUCUUUCUUUCUUCUGUCUUUGUUUUUUCCUUUGGUCUGUUUACCUUUCUUUCUUUCUUUCUUUCUUUCUUUCUUUCUUUCUUUCUUUCUUUCUUUCUUUUUCUUCUGUUCCUUUUUCUUCUUUCUCUGUAUCUUUUCCCUUCUCUCAUUUUCAUAUCUAUCUAUCUAUCUAUCUAUCUAUCUAUCUAUCUAUCUAUCUAUCUAUCUAUCUAUCUAUCUCAGCCUGUUCAUAUCUAUCUAUCUAUCUAUCUUAAUGAAAUCAUAAUCUAUCUUUUUAAUCUCUUCAUAUCUUUCUCUAUCAAUUUCUUCAUAUCUAUCUAUUUUAGUCUCUUCAUAUCUAUCUAUCUAUCUAUCUAUCUAUCUAUCUAUCUAUCUAUCUAUCUAUCUAUCUAUCUAUCUCAGUUUCUUCAUAUCUAUCUAUUUAUAUAUAUAUAUCUAUCUAUCUAUCUAUCUAUCUAUCUAUCUAUCUAUCUAUCUAUUCUAUUAUUCAUGUGUUUAGCUCAGUGUGAUUCUAUUUAUUUGUGUGCUUGCCUUGUGGCUGAGAUUGUUAUAAAUAUCUAUCUAUCUAUCUAUCUAUCUAUCUAUCUAUCUAUCUAUCUAUCUAUCUAUAUUCAUUGA